UAUGCUUGACUAUAACCAUUCGUACGAUGCUUUACCACAGACGGAUUGCCAGUUAUUUUCCAGUUGACAUUUCGUCCGUUGUUUCAGUCACUGCAGCGUAAAACCUUGUUAUUAAAUAACAUGAGACGAGUUUGUUGUAUUUGUGGUGAAUUCGAAACGCAAUCAAGAAAAAGUUCUUUCUCUUUUUUUUCAAUUCCUAAGAAACAUGGAUUAUUGCGUGCAAAUGAGAUCCAGUUAGUGGAAAGACGAAUUUCAGCUUGGAAUGCUAUUCUUGGGCAGUAUUUAAAUAGACACUAUGGUAUUCAAUGUGUUUGUUCCAACCAUUUCCAUUCAGGUAAACCAUCAUAUCUGUACCUUGACAAUGAUGUUGAUUGGGUUCCGUCCAAAAAUUUAUCCAACCUUCAACAACAUGAAGAAUCUGGUAUUGAGAAUGUGGCUGAUUGCAGCUUACAAAGUGAAGCAUUAAUUUCUACAGAAUCUGAAAUGGUACCAAAUUCAGUACCUGGUAUUUCAUGUGACAUUCACUGUGAAGAUAGUAAUUACGACAAGAAUUACAACGACACACAACUGCAUUCACUGAUUGAAGAAUCCAAAAAGCUAAAAGAAACAAUUGGUUCUUUGGAGGAAAAACUCAAAAAAGAAAAAUUAAUCAAUAGAAUAACCGACAAUGACAAAAUGACCAAGUUUUAUACAGGACUCAAGUCUUGGAAACUGUUCUUAGUAAUGUACAAAUUACUUUUACCUGGAAUUGAUCACUGCAGUUUAUCUACCAAACGAUCACUUCAAACAGAAGAGCAAUUUCUGUUAGUCCUCAUGAGGCUGCGACUAAACUUAUCCGAACAAGACUUAGCUUACCGAUUUCAUAUUUCUCAAACAUCUGUUUCCUCUUAUUUAGCAAAAUGGAUUGAUGUAAUGUACAUUCGUCUAUCCAGAAACUUCAUGGUUUGGCCAACAAGGGAAGCUUUAAGGAAAUCAACGCCAACAUAUUUUCGAAACAAAUUUCCUGGAUGCGUGAGCAUAAUUGAUGCUUUCGAAAUCCCUUUGGAAAGGUUCAACAAUCUACUAGCUAGGUCUUCAACUUUUUCAUUUUACAAGGGCAGGAACACUAUUAAAUAUCUAAUUUCAGUAACACCUGUUGGAUCUAUAUCGUACAUAUCUCAGGGAUAUGGCGGUAGAAGUACAGAUGUGCAUAUUACUUUGGAUAAAAAAAUGUUGCUGUAGUUGAUGAUGAGAAUUUCUUGGAUAAGCUCCAAAAAGAUGACGUUGUAUUGGCCGAUCGAGGAUUUCUAGUAGAAGAAGAAGUUCGAAAGAGGGGUGCAAAAUUGAUCACUCCUGCGUUUCUCGGAAGAAGAACACGACUUACACGUAGUGAAGUAAAUUAUUCCAGAAAAGUUUCAAAUGUACGCAUUCACGUUGAGAGAGUCAUUGGUAAAUUGAGACAAACUUUCAGAAUUUUGAGAGACAGAGUGCCUGUAAGUUUGGUAGGAGGAGACAAAGAUAAAAUUUCUUUUUUUGAUAAAAUUGUUUUUGUGUGUUGCUGCUUAAGUAACGCAAACCCUAGUGUUGUACCAAUUCGCUAAUUUCUCCAUUAAUGUACCAAGUUUCCAAUUUCAAAAUAAAAAACCCUUUUUUCCAAA